ACCGUAACGACCGGAGAAACACAAGUGUUUCACAAACUCUGUGGGAAACCCAAUGGGGAGAACUGCAGUGGGGUCUUUAUACACGUUCCGGGGCCGCUUCAACUGGUACUUCUAUUUUUCAGAUUCCGGGGCUGGUCGCUUUCUCUCGAUGUAAUCUGAUCCCGUGCAAGUGUCUUGGAAGCAUCAUCAGCUUUCACAAUUCUGAAAGGGAGGUGACUUGAGCGACCGAAGAACUAACGUUGAAUUCAGCAGGACUGAGGACCAUUUGAGAUGCAUGGCCUGUAAGCAGCCAGCGCCAGCGAUGGCUCAUAGGAAGAGGCCAGGGACCAGCGGCUCCAGCUGCAGCAUGUUGGAGCCUCCCGUCCGGCCCCCCUGCCCCGCCGCCUACCCCCCAGAGCAGCACGACCAGGAGCAGGAGGAGGGGCCGGGGGAGGAGGAGGAGGUCCACUACUGCCGCCAGCAGGGCCUGGAGCCAGAGCUGACGGACAGCCGGCCGGACACACCUACUACACCAGAGCCGCAACACGAGCAUGAACACAGCCAUGACCACGAUCACCCAGACUGCCACGGCCAUGAUGACCACAGUCACAGCGACGACCAUGCAGAGUGCCAUGGCCACGACCGCGAGCAUGCAGGCUGUCACGAUCACGGUCACAGUCACGACGAUGUAGACUGCCACGACCACGGCCACGUCCACAGUCACAUCAAUGACCACGACCAUGCAGGCUGCCACGGCCACCGUCACGACCACGCUGACAGCCUGGAUGGAGACUCCAGCUCUGACUAUGUGAACAACAGCUCAGAGGAGGAGGACUAUGAUGAAGGUCUGCCGGAGGAGGAUGAGGGCAUCACCUACUACAUCCGCUACUGCCCUGAGGAUGACAGCUACCUGGAGGGCAGCAUAGACUGCAACGAGGGCGAGGCUGACUAUACCGCCAGCACCGUGCAGCACGUCCCGGCUGAGCCCCCGGGCGACACAGACGAGUGCCAGGAAGCGGUGGAGGAGUGGGUGGAGGGAGAAAGUGGGGUGGAUGUGGGGGAGGUGCGCUGUGAGGUGGUGGAGCAGGACCCAGAUGAACAGAUCUACGACGUCCUGGACCACCACCCCCACCCCGCCGCCGUCCUGCAUGAGUCCCCCCCACCCACAGAGGAAGAGGAGGAGGUGAGAGCUGGGGUUGCUUACACUGGGGACUACUAUGGCCCAGAGGAGGAAAAUGGGAACUCCGUGGUUCACGAAUCGCGGUCUCCAUACCGUGGCCGUAAAGUGGUAGUGGAGGGGGAGACGGGGGAGGAGGCGGAGGAGGACAUUGACCAGAUAGUGGCAGAGAUCAAGAUGAGUAUGAGCAUGGGUAGUCUGAGCAGCGGUGGUACUGACCAGAGUCCUGACGAGCUGGUGCAAGACAGUGUACCCAGUGAUUACCACCCUCCUGAGGCCCACACCAAGCCUGAGUCUGCCCCCUACACCCCAACCCCACACCGCCACGACAGCAGACCCAAGUCUCUCAACCUCCCCUCCUCCACACGGCACAACAACCCUGAGCUCCAGAGGGGCUUCAAGGUUCGCUCCCGCACCCCGGAGGAGCGACAGCAGUGGGCUCAAGAACAGAUGACCAACGGUGCAGAGCAUCCCAGGAAACAGCAGCGUUCUGACCUCAACGUGCCGCUGGAGAACAACAAUGUCCCGGAGGAAACUAAGAAGGCUGCAUCUUUCCCCAGCUUUGUUGAUGUUCCGGGGCCCUGUGAGCCAGAAGAUCUUAUUGAUGGCAUCAUCUUUGCUGCUAACUACCUGGGCUCCACCCAGCUGCUCUCUGAGAGGAACCCGUCCAAGAACAUCCGCAUGAUGCAGGCCCAGGAGGCUGUCAGCCGGGUCAAGAGGGUUCAGAAGGCUGCCAAAAUCAAGAAAAAGGCGAGUCCAGAGGGAGACGCACAGACACUGACAGAGGUGGACCUCUUCAUCUCCACCCUGAGGAUCAAAGUGCUCAACGCAGACACACAGGAAACUAUGAUGGACAACGCCCUGCGCACCAUCUCCUACAUAGCUGACAUUGGGAACAUCGUGGUGCUGAUGGCGAGGCGCCGCAUGCCGCGCACAGCCUCCCAGGACUGCAUCGAGACCACACCUGGAGCCCCAGAGGCCAAGAAACAGUACCGGAUGAUCUGCCACGUCUUUGAGUCUGAGGACGCCCAGCUCAUAGCCCAGUCGAUUGGACAGUCAUUUAGCGUGGCUUACCAGGAGUUCCUGAGGGCCAACGGCAUCAACCCAGAGGACCUGAGUCAGAAGGAGUACAGUGACAUCAUCAACACGCAGGAGAUGUACAACGAUGACCUCAUCCACUUCUCAAACUCUGAGAACUGCAAAGAGCUGCAGCUGGAGAAGCAUAAGGGAGAGAUCCUGGGCGUGGUCAUAGUGGAGUCUGGCUGGGGCUCCAUCCUGCCCACGGUCAUCCUGGCCAACAUGAUGAACGGUGGGCCGGCCGCCCGAUCCGGGAAGCUCAGCAUCGGAGACCAGAUCAUGUCCAUCAACAACACCAGCCUGGUGGGCCUGCCUCUCGCCACCUGUCAGGGAAUCAUCAAGGGCCUGAAGAACCAGGUGCAGGUGAAGCUGAACAUUGUGAGCUGUCCCCCUGUCACCACCGUGCUCAUCAAGAGACCAGACCUCAAGUACCAGCUGGGCUUCAGCGUCCAGAAUGGGAUUAUCUGCAGCCUGAUGCGGGGGGGUAUUGCUGAGCGGGGGGGUGUCCGGGUUGGCCACCGCAUUAUUGAGAUCAAUGGCCAAAGCGUGGUGGCUACAGCGCAUGAGAAGAUUGUCCAAGCCCUCUCAAACUCUGUGGGCGAGAUUCACAUGAAGACAAUGCCAGCGGCCAUGUUCAGACUCUUAACAGGACAGGAGACUCCUAUGUAUAUAUAAACCAAGGACAGAUCCCAUUUUCCUCCACAGAGGAGCUGUAAGCAGUGGUUGUUUACAGUCCAGUUGGAGAGCUCUAGGUGGACAAGAUUAGCAGACUAAUGAGUGUCUGAGGAUGGCUAGUGAGCCAGGGAUUGUCUCUCUUACUGUUGUGUCGCUGACUUAUCAUUUUUUUCCUCCAUCUUUUCUGAGCUAACAUUCAUUCAACUGACACUCACGAUAUUUUGCUGAUGUUAAUACUAAGGAGGGUCAUCUGGGCAGAAGGUGUUUACGUUAUUUAUUUGUGUUGUUUUUUGUUUUUUUUGGGACGCCUCACAAUGUAUAUUUUUAUAUUCAUAUCAAUGUCAUAUUGUACCUGCAUAUUGUCUCAUUUAGUUCUCUUUGCUCUAUUUAAUUUUCAUGUAAAUACAUAUUUUGCUAAUGCGUCGGAAGUAAUGGGGAAGGGUCAUGGUUGCUUUGUAAAUAUUUAUUGACUUUUCCUGCUGGUUUGAUAGCAGGGAAGAGAGCCCUUGACCGCUAAAGGACGGUUGAAAUCGUGCUCUCAAUAUAGUUUAGAUGGACAAUAAAAGGGAAUUGGGGAGUGACUUGGGUAAUAUAAUUUUGUUUAUAUACAGUACCAGUCAAGAUUUUGGACACACCUACUCAUUCAAGGGUUUUUCUUUAUUUUUAUUA